AUAAUGCCUAGAGAGGGGUUUAAAGAUUUGAUUUAAAUACUCUUUUUUUGGUUUUUGUUGUUUGGGUUACGAUGCAAAGAGUACACAACAAACCGAUUGAUUCUAUCGGAGCUUUUAAGCAUUUAAUCAAACAGAGUAACGGCGGUGACGGUGGAGUGACGGCGGCGGAUAUGCAAGAACCGAGCAUUGAAACGGAUAAGCUUAGCUACGAGAUUUUCUCGAUUCUUGAAAGCAAGUUUCUUUUCGGGUAUGAUGAUGACCCGAAGCUUAUGGAAUCAAGGAGCAGAGACCCGAGUCCAGAGCAAGAAACGGCAUCACCGGCGAUGGUGGAUGGUUUAAACGGCGUCGUUCCGGGUUCAAUUAAGAACCAGAGAGGUAAAGUUUGUGUUUUGAGUAUCGAUAGUGGUGGAAUGAGAGGGAUUAUACCUGGAAAAGCUUUAGCGUAUUUAGAACAUGCUCUGAAAUCGAAAUCGGGUGACCCGAAUGCCCGAAUAGCUGAUUACUUCGACGUAGCUUCCGGUUCCGGUAUCGGAGGGAUUUUCACGGCGAUGCUUUUCGCGUCGAGUGAUGGUAACCGUCCGAUCUUCAAAGCGGAAGACACGUGGCGGUUUUUAGCUAAGAAAGGUAAAAGCUUUUACAACAAAUCACCACCGGGGAUACUAAACCGGGUUAUGAAAACCGGGUCGGGUGGUUCGGGUGGGUCGGGUUCGAAGCUUGAGAGAGCGAUGAAGGAGUCGUUUGAUGAGCUUACGCUUAAGGAUACGCUUAAACCGGUUUUGAUUCCGUGUUAUGACCUCACGAGCUCUGCACCGUUCUUGUUUUCACGUGCUGAUGCGUUGGAAACGGAUGGUUAUGAUUUUAAGCUGUGGGAGGUUUGUAGAGCUACGUGGGCUGAGCCAGGAGUGUUUGAGCCGGUGGAGAUGAGAUCAGUUGAUGGUAAAACGCGGUGUGUGGCGGUUGAUGGUGGUUUAGCUAUGAGUAAUCCGACGGCUGCAGCGAUUACUCAUGUGUUACAUAAUAAGCAAGAGUUUCCGUUUGUUAGAGGUGUUGAGGAUUUGCUUGUGUUGUCACUUGGUACGGGACAGUUGGUUGAUGUUAAGUAUGAUUGUGAUAAGGUUAUGAAGUGGAAGGCUAAGCAUUGGGCUCGGCCUGCGGUUCGGAUUUCCGCUGAUGGAGCGGCUGAUACUGUGGAUCAGGCUGUUUCCAUGGCGUUUGGUCAGUGUAGGAGGAGUAACUACGUCCGUAUUCAGGCGAAUGGAUCAAGCUUUGGUCCGUGCAAACCAAACAUAGACACAGAUGCCAGUCCAAGCAAUGUGAAUAUGCUUGUGGGAGUAGCAGAGGAGAUGCUGAGGCAAAAGAACGCAGAGUCUGUUCUGUUUGGUGGUAAAAAAAUCAAUGAAGAGAGCAAUUAUGAGAAGCUGGAUUGGUUAGCCGGUGAACUCGUGCUCGAACACCAGAGGAGGAGUUGCAGAAUCGCUCCCACUGUAGCGUUCAAGCAAUCCGGCGACAAAAGAGCCGAUCAACAGACCAUUUUCAAGGAUAUUGAUUGUAUGUUUUGAAGAUUUUUAUAUUGUAUAGAUUUGUGUUUAAGUUCGGAGAAGAAAUUAAACAUUAUCUUCGAAA